AUGGGCUUCUCUACAGAGCAGCUAUGGCCCGGCUUCGAUCAUGACUCCCAGAGUAUUGACCAGAGUUUUCAGCGCGACUAUCAGUCAUACCACGGCCACCAGGUCCGACCAAAGGGACUCCUGAUCGCUGAGAUCGUUACAGACAAUGACCGAAAGGGCGUCAAGAUCCUUCCGGGAGAGGUCUUUUGCCGGAUUGAGUUUGAAGAUGGGAUCCUCUGCCCAACCGCCAAGAGUUUCUCCUCCACAUCUGGACUGAUCUGCCAUAUACGCGGUCAGCACGAGCUGGAUAUCCAGACUUGGGAUGGCAAGUGGGAGGGUUGUGAUGCUGAGGAGAGGAGCAAGGGUGGGAGGCCGACUGGGCAGGCUAUUGCUAAGGCUUUGGUUGUGUAUAAACAGUGGAAUAAGUUGAUUUCUGCGGAAGAUGAGGCGGCAGAGGAGGCUGGGAAGCAGACAGUCAACCAACGGUUUGCAGAAGAACGUGCCGAUAAGGCUCAGAGAUUCGGUGAGAAACGUGAGUAG